GGAGGCUAUCAAGUCUGCUGCGCUGCAGUAAAAUUGGACAGAGAAGAAUGAAGAUACUUUCUUUUGCUUCUGCGCUGGCUGCUGCUCACGUCUGCUUCAUCUUCUUCUUAUCAUCAGUUGGAAAAUCCAGAGCACAAAAUCCCACCACUGACGCAUCCGAAGUGAGGGCAUUGAACUCAAUCUUCCAACAAUGGGACACACAGGCACCGGAUUCCUGGAAUAUCAGCGGCGAACCAUGCACCGGAACUGCUCUGAGUGACACCGUUUUCGAUGCACCUACCAACAAUCCGGCCAUCACAUGCGAUUGCCCCAUCAAUAAUAGUACCACCUGCCACAUCACCAAACUGAGAGUGUAUGCACUGAACAAACAAGGGGUGUUACCGGAGGAGCUUUUGGCUCUCAAAUUCUUAACCUUUCUGAAGAUCGAUCAAAAUUAUUUCACCGGUCCCUUGCCGGCAUGGAUUGGGAAUUUAUCUACAUUGCAGUCUUUGUCUAUUGCCUACAACGCAUUCUCUGGGCCCAUUCCUAAGGAGCUUGGAAAUCUUAAGGAGCUAACUCUGCUAUCCGUUGGUUCAAAUAAUUUCUCCGGAACGCUUCCACCAGAACUUGGUAAUUUAGUCAAACUUGAAGAACUUUACCUUAACAGCUGUGGAGUUGGUGGUGAAAUUCCCUCAACAUUUGCUAACCUUUUAAACAUGCGAAUCAUGACGGUAACAGACAGUCCUUUCACAGGCAAGAUACCUGGUUUCAUUGGCAACUGGACAAAGCUUACAUCAAUGAGAUUAGAAGGGAACUCCUUUCAAGGUCCUAUACCAUCCAGUUUUUCUAAAUUAACCUCUCUAGAUUCUCUGCGAAUCAAUGGUUUAUCCAAUGUGAGCUCCUCUCUUGAUUUCAUUAGAAAUUUAACAAGUUUAACUGACUUAGUUUUAAGAAAUGCAUUAAUUACUGGUAGUAUUCCAUCUGAUAUUGGAGAACUCCAAUCUUUACAAAAACUGGAUUUGAGUUUCAAUAACUUGACAGGCCAAAUUCCAAGCGCUUUGUUCAGCAUAAGUUCUCUUACAUACUUGUUUCUUGGAAAUAAUAGUCUGUCUGGUACCAUCCCUGCCCAAAAGAGUGAAAAACUAAUGAAUAUAGAUUUAUCUUACAAUUUUCUGUCUGGAAGCUUUCCCUCAUGGGUGAACACAAACUUACAAUUGAAUCUAGUAGCCAACAACUUCACAUUUGACAAUUUAAACAAAAGUCUUUUACCAGGAUUGCAUUGCCUUCAAAGAAGCUUCCCAUGCAACAGGAACUCUCCACUCUAUGCAAAUUUCUCAAUCAAGUGUGGUGGCUCAGAGAUGACUGCUGAUGGGAUAAAAUAUGAGGCUGAAAACUCUUCUCUUAGCAUAGCAUCAUUUAAUGUAAUCAGUAGUGAGAAAUGGGCAGUUAGCAAUGUGGGUUUGUUUGCUGAGAGAAAAAAUUCAAUUUAUGUGCAAAACACCUUGGCACAAGUGAGAAACACAAACUCGCCAGAGCUUUAUCAGACUUCGAGGAUAUCCCCUGGAUCACUCAGAUACUAUGGCCUAGGCCUAGAGAAUGGGCCUUAUAUAGUUAACUUGCUUUUUGCAGAAACAGCUUUCGAUGAUCAAAGAAAACAAACUUGGAAGAGUCUGGGAAGGCGAGUUUUUGAUAUUUAUAUUCAGGGAACCAUCGUAUUGAAGGAUUUUGAGAUAUCAAAAGAGGCAGGUGGGGUUGAAAGAGCAAUCACUAAGAAUUUCAUUGCUAUUGUGACAGAGAACCAUCUUGAAAUUCACCUAUUCUGGGCUGGUAAGGGAACUUGCUGCAUACCAGAUCAAGGUUACUAUGGACCAUCCAUUUCAGCAAUCAGCGUGGUAUCAAAUUUCACACCAACUGUAAGUGAAAUUCCCCUAGAUACAGCAAAAGAGAAGAGGACUGGGUUGAUUGUUGGUGUUGCAGUUCCAGUUGGAGUUGUCACCUUCUCCUUGAUAUUGAUAUUUGCAGUCUUCUACUUGAGAAGGAGAAAAGAUAAUGAUGAGGAAGAGCUUCUGGGAAUAGGACCCAGACCAAACACCUUCAGUUAUGCUGAGUUGAGAGCUGCAACAGAUGACUUCAGUCCCUCAAAUAAGUUAGGAGAAGGUGGAUUUGGUCCAGUGCACCUGGGUAAACUUUCUGAUGGGCGAGCAGUAGCUGUGAAGCAGCUUUCAGUAGCAUCUCGCCAAGGGAAGAGUCAAUUUGUUACUGAGAUUGCUACCAUAUCUGCGGUGCAACAUCGCAACCUUGUUAAACUGUAUGGAUGUUGCAUAGAAGGAAACAGACGCCUUCUUGUUUAUGAGUAUCUUGAGAACAAAAGCCUAGACCAAGCACUCUUUGGAAGAAAAGACUUGCAUCUUGAUUGGUCAACCCGCUUCAGUAUCUGCUUGGCAACUGCUAGGGGACUAGCUUAUCUUCAUGAGGAAUCAAGGCCAAGGAUCAUACACAGAGACGUGAAGGCAAGUAACAUUUUGCUUGAUGCUGAGCU